UUACAAUUCCAGCCAUUUUUGACAUUCUAUGGUCCGGAUAGGAUUAUGUCCCUUGCUUAUUGUGCUUACUUACAAAAUGGCUGCGCCCAUGUAAUCACAUGCAGUGUGUGGCCAAUUAAAAUGAAUCCUCCUCAAUUUGGUGGUAAGAGAAAGACAGGUCCUGAUUAUCAGAGACCUUAUAAGAAGAGUAAAGUAGAAGAUGUUUUGUCAGCUGCUCCAAGAGAGGUAGAUAUUGUACGCUAUGCUGAAAGUCAUGCGAAAGAGAUACAGGUGCUCAGUAGUAAGGUGGAUAUUGUCGGUGGAGGUAAAAACAUCGCCCAGAAAAUUCCUCCUCACAUGAGAAGACGUGCCAUGAGUCAUAAUGUAAAAAGAUUGCCUAAAAGUAUCAGAGCACAGGCAGCCCAUUUGACUGGUACAAAAGUGAAGAAACCUAGCAGAUAUCAUCGUAGGAGACCAAAGAAUUUACUAGCUGAAUAUACAAGACGACAAAGAAAACAUAUCUGGCUUGAAACCCAUAUCUGGCAUGCCAAAAGGUUCCAUAUGGUUGAUAAAUGGGGAUAUAGGUUGCCAUGGAAACCUACAAUGAAAAGUGAGAGAGCUUGCUACAGGGCAACCAGUAAACAUUGUUUACUUCAGGACCUGUCAUUCAUGAGCUGUAUUGAAAUAGAGGGACCACAAGAUGAGAUAAUUCAGGGGUUGACACAUGUAACAACUCCUGAUAUAGGUCAGACAUUUGCAGCUGUUUCAUGUUUAGCUGGUACCAGAGAGGGAAACACAAUCAUGUAUCAAUGUGACAAGUAUCCGUGGCAAGCCAUUGGUCCAGUCUCAUUCAUGUGGAACUCAUGUCAGCCAAUCAGUGAUGAAUGUCAGGACAAAGGAACCAAUCAAAGGCAACUUUGGAUUUGGUGCCAUCCGAGCAUGUUUGAUCAGAUAUGGAAAGAAAUAUCAAGUUGUCUGAACCUUAAGGAAUCUAAACUUUCCAAAAAGUCAGACAGUGAAAAGUUAAACACUGACACUAAAAAAGAUAAUGAAGAAAAAGACGAGCCUUUCAUUUGUGACAAGUAUAAAUCAAAUGUUUUAGCAGAAGAUGGAGAAAACCAAGUAAAAAUGAAAUCUUUAACAGGAUCUUUGUUGAGGUUUCGUUUGACUGGUCCACAAUCAACUGCUGUUCUUGUUGAUACCCUCCAACAGGCAAAUAUAGUACCAGUCAAUGUAUCAGCAAAAGAUAAUCCAUCUUGGUGGAAUAGUUACUAUGGAAACCCAAAACAUUCCAUUGGUCAUGUGACCCAACGAGAAUUCAUGGAAAGUAUGGAAGCUUGUCAAUCCCCAGCAGAGUUACCUCCCCAUUGUAUUAUUGCUAUGACAACUAGGGAUCCUCGACUGACCAGACCUGUACAGAAAACAAAAGUGGUGGCAAGUGAAGACAAGAUAAGUGAGGACUUGUCUUCAUUCAAAGAAAAGUUAACUAUAGAUAUCUCCACCUCCCCACUAUGGAUUGAGAAUAUCAGGAAUGAGGUCUCCAACACAAAACUCCCUGACUUCAGGAUACAUGAACUCAAAUCACAGAAUCUUGUUCCAGGUUUUCCUCUAGAACUAGGUGAUGAAGAAUCAAGGAUUCCAGUAAUUGUUAUCCAGAGGCCAGGAGUUACUUCCCUUCCCAACACUAAAGGACACGCACCUAACCUAGGGAGAGGAAGUGGUUUUGAUCUCCUUGUGCCAAAGGGAUGGGGUAUGGCAUUUUGGAUUGCUCUAGUAUUCAGAGGGACAAGAUGUGCUGGGCUGAGGGAGCAGGAAUGUAAUGCUUAUGAGGAGAAGUCCUUGUAUUUCCCAAAUGAUUUUCCUGAUACUUUGGCAGGUGAUCAGUAUCAGCAAGAUCUUGAAAAGGAAAAAGUUGAGAAAUACAACAAAAUUCCAGCAUCAAAGAAACCAAAUUUCACCAAGUAUGGAAUUGUUUCCCCUUUCAGCUGUCCCUGGGAUUUAUUAGUCAAAGAAUGGAAGAAAGGAAAAGAUGGUAAUGGAGGAAGUGAUCAUUCAAAGACAAAUGAUGAUACUGGGAACGUAAAUAACAAGGAUGUAAAUAAGAUUGAUAUGAAAGGUGCCUUUGACCAAACAACUUCGCAGUCAGAUAAAGAAUGCAGGAACAUUGAAAAGUUUUAUGUCUUAAGGAAUGUUAAACUGCUCCGGAAGCUACAAAAUAUUUGCCAUGUGUCAAAAAACAGAUCUUCUCAGAAAGGGAAGCUUGAUGUGAAAAAUGAAGUGUUGAAUAUUUUAGAGAAGGAUCAUGGAGAUUCCUUAGUUCCUGUUAGACUAGAUAUGAUACAGAAAGGGUCUCCUGUUCAGUUUGCCACCAUUUGUGUUCCAAAUAAAGAAGAUAUUGAACUGCUUAAUAAGAAUAAUAACUAUGGCGGACCUAUGGAGCCUCUACAUGUAGAUCCAGUUCUUGUGGAGAAAAAGGAUUUGAAAAAACAGUUGAAACAGAAAGGAUUGAAACAGAAAGUGAAAGUAGACAGAACAUUGAAACUGACUAGUGAGAAAGAUGAGAUGACUGUCAGGACAGGUUGUAGAGAUGUAAUAGGGUACCUGAACUCUGGAGGUUAUUCUCUAGGAACAGGGAAUGGAGGUGGGGUAGGGUUUGUGUCAACUCUGGCACUGAUAACUUUACUUAGGAACAGUGAGGGAUCAGAAAAUGAACCAGUUGUUCUAGUUAGAGGAAAUACAUCAUUACAAUAUCGGGUUGCUAGACUCUCUAUCAUAGCAUAGUUACCUAAUGUAUUUUAAUGCUAUAAAUGUUGAUCAUAAUGUAUAUAUCAUUGAAACCUGAAGCUUUUGUUAUAUAAUAGCAAAUAGACACAAAAAGAUAAAUGUUUUGCAAUCACUGUGGCAUUUUAAUUUAUGUACAUUGGCCAUUGAAAGAUAAAAGGUAAACUGUUGCAGUCACUAUUUACUGUUAUGGGGAUACCUUUAAUUUGUAUGAAUUGAUAGCCUUUUUCAAUAAAUAUGAAAAUUAUUACAUGUAAUAUUUUCAUGUCAUCAACUGUAAAUGGAGAGAAAUUUGUUGUAUUCAAUUGAAAAAAAUACCUGUCGCUUAAAAUUUAUCUAGGUAUGAUCAAAUUAAUAACAUAAAGUACUUCCAAAAUGUGAAAUAAAACUGAGUUAAUUCACUUAUUCUAGUAAGAAUAAACAGCCGUUCUAGCUGGAACCAAUUUAUAAAGUUCGUUUGGUUAGGAUGUUGUCUUGGGAUAAAUCAACAUCAAAAGUAUCAAAUAAUGGUCUGAGCAUUACAGUUAUGAUUUAUCUCCCAUAAUGUUGUGUCUCAUUUUCUUGACUUUCAAAUUUCAGAUCUAACAUGAAACUUCAUAUCAGACUUCAUUCAUUUAUAUCAAGUGAAAGAAUGUAUAUUUGUGUUUCACUGAUAUUUUCUUUAUUGUUAUGGUUACCAAGUAUAUGAAUAAAUCACUCGUA